GCUGAUUGUUCUGCCUGCGUGCAGGGAAACAGGGAAGGUUGUGCAGGUUGGACCUACGGUACGGCAGGCUAUCCUGCUCUUGGGAAAAGAAAGCCACCGAUACGAAAAGCAAGCCCAUCUGUUCCAACUCCAUCCCAUUCCGGUAGAAAGAGAAAGAAGCAACAUGGCCGAAACACUAGAAUCACUCAAGGCCGAAAUCGCAACCGUUGGAGGCAGCAUUGCCAAGGCGAAGAAAGAGAUCUCCGACAGCGCCGAGGUCAAGAAGGUCAUCGGGCCCCUCGUCGCCAAGCUCUUGGAGCUCAAGGGGAAAUUCGCGGACAUGAACGGUGGAAUCGGKGUCGACGGAAAGCCCCACGGGCAAWAUGCCAAGAAAGAAAAGAAGGGGAAUCCMRUGGCCAACAUGGUGGCCUCGGCCGAGAGCGCCGCCAAGAAGGCGGCCAAGAAGGCCGAAAAGGCCGCCAAGAAGGCCGCGUACAAGGCCGGUCUCAUCAAGGAGGGCGGGGCCCAGGGACCUUCCGCUUCCGGGGGUGCCCUUGCCGGAAAGGACCUUCCUCCUGCUGCUGCUGCUGCUGCUGCCGCUGCAAGCAAGCCCGCCAACAAGGGACCACCCCGCCUCACGGACCUUUCCAGGUUCAAGCUCAAGCCGCUGCAGGUGGUGCUGAACCCCAACGCUUCAAGCAUGCGGGAGCGCCCCGUGAUGGCCCUGGCCGUGGCCUGCCUCACCGACGUCGACGUGGAUCUCUCGGUCACCGCCGACCACCGGGUUCCGGCCCCCAUGAUGUGCUCGGCGGACGGGAGCGGGGUSAUCGUCGGCGAYCUGGCGGCGGCUCGGUACAUCCUGGACGAGSUUUCCGGUCAAGGCAACSUCCUCGAACCCUCGUCGGCCCUGCAAAAGGCGGAGCAAAACGCCUGGAUCGAAUACGCCCAGUCUCUCACCCAGCUGGACGCCGAGCAGGCCGUSAGGGGGAUCGCGAUGACCCUCGAGCACGCCCUGUCCAAGAGAACCUAUCUGUGUGGACACUCCGUUUCGCUUGCCGACGUCGCCCUCUUUGCGGCCCUCGGCUUUCCCUGCGCACUGGAGGACAGGGUCCGCGUCGCMRCSUCCCUCRRGGACUUUCCCGUGGCCACCCGCUGGACCGCCACGAUGGCGGCACACCCGGCCCUCAAAAAGGCCACGCAGCUGGUGGUCGGUGCCAGCGGUGCCACGGACGCCGAGGUCCGCUUCACGGARGAGGCCCUCGAACCCCUGGUGACCGGCAUGAACCUGCUGGAGGGAGCCGUCCCCGGCCGGGUGGUCACGCGCUUCCCACCGGAGCCCUCGGGUUACCUGCACGUCGGCCACGCCAAGGCCUGCCUCCUGAACGAUUACUACGCCCGUCGCUACAAGGGACGAAUGAUUGUCCGUUUCGACGACACCAACCCCUCCAAGGAGAAAGAGGAAUACCAGCAAUCCAUCGUGGAGGAUCUCAAAACCCUCGGCGUCAAGAACGACGUCCUGACCUACACCAGCGAUUACAUCGGGGCCAUCCACAAGUACGCCCUGCGAAUGAUCGAAAACGGACAGGCGUACAUGGACGACACCCCGCAGGAACAAAUGAAGGAAGAACGGGCCAACCGGGUCGAAUCGAAGCACCGCAACCAGAGCCCCUCCGAGGCUAGGGCCCUCUUCGAGGACAUGUGCAGCGGAAGCGAAGAGGGGGGCAGGUGGUGCCUCCGCGCCAAGAUAAACAUGUCUUCCGACAACGGAACCAUGCGCGAUCCCGUCCUCUACCGACAGAACCUGAUCCCGCACCACCGCACCGGCACCACCUUCAAGGCCUACCCGACCUACGACCUGGCCUGCCCGAUCGUGGACUCGCUGGAGGGCGUGACGCACGCCCUGCGCACCACCGAGUACAACGAUCGCGACGAACAGUACCAGUACCUGCUCAAGACCCUCGGGCUGCGGAGGGUCCGCAUCCACGCCUUUUGCCGCAUGAACUUCCAGUACACGGUGCUGUCGAAGCGCAAGCUCACCUGGUUCGUGGAGGAAAAGCUCGUCACGGGAUGGAACGAUGCCCGGUACGUGGGUUCUUUCUAGACCUUUUGUUUCUCGGCGCCGCUGCACGGUCCGUGUCUCACCAAUGGCUUGUGUUUGAUCGGAAUCGCCUUUCUUUGCGCCUUUUUCUGUUUCCCUCUCCUUCUUUUGUUGUUGUUGUUGUUGUUGUUGUUGUUGUUGUUGUUGUUGUUGUUGUUGUUGUUGUUGUUGUUGUUGUUGUUGUUGUUGUUGUUGUUGCAACAGCUUCCCAACGGUUCGCGGAGUCCUCCGCCGCGGAGUUUCGAUCCCGGCCCUCAAAAAGUACAUUUACUCCCAGGGUGCCUCUCGCCGUGUCGUCAACAUGGUCUGGAACUCCUUCUGGGCCGAAAACAAAAAGGACCUCGACGUGAAGGCCCGUCGGUUCAUGGCGGUCGACGCCAGUGCCAAUUCGACGCUGACCAUUACCAACUUUUCCGACGAGGGCGAAACCUACAUUAGCACCUCGCUCCACCCCAAGGAUCCCUCCAUGGGCAAGCGUCCCAUGAAGCUCUCGAGCAAGGUUCUCCUGGAGGAGGUGGACGCCAAGGAUUGCGUCGAGGGGGAAAACAUUGUCCUGUUGCGCUGGGGAGUGGUCAAGAUCACCAAGAAAUCGGAGGAUUCCAAGACGCUCGAGGGCGAACUGGUCCCCGACGGUGACUUCAAGUCGUGCAAGCGCAAGUUUUCUUGGAUGGCCGCCUCUGGUGGCUGUGCAUCGAUCCUCACCGAAUUCGACCACCUCGUGACCAAGGAAAAGCUCGAGGAGGGGGACAACUUUGCCGAUUUCGUCAACCCCAACACCAUUGCUACCACCUCCGCCAUCGGAGAUGCAUGCCUCAAGACUCUCCAGGAGGGCGACGUCAUCCAGCUCGAACGCCGUGGUUUUUACCGCGUGGACCGUCCCUACCUGGGCGAAGACAAGCCCUGUGUUUUGUACAUGAUUCCGGACGGAAAAACCAAGUCCAUGUCGGGAAUGACGGGAAAGCUCGCACACCAUUGAUUGCGACCGGUCUGCCAUGCGUGGAACUCGUGCAGCAACGAGCUUGUCUGCAACCUACGAGAACAAUAAGUACGUACCACAUAAUUGUUAUUGAAGUGCAGUAUUGUUUUCAUAGCGUGUGUAAAAUGUCUA